UAGUUUCUAUAUAUCCUGAUGUAAUGAGUGCUCAGAAAUAUUUAGAAAUUGAGAAUAAUCUUAAGACCGAUGCACUAGAAAUGCCUACUAUUAAUGAUAUUAUUGAUCAUUUGCAGGAAAUAGACCUUACAAAUAGCAGCGACAAUGAUGAUGAUAAUAUUGAACAAGAAACAAUUAAAAUUAGCAUGAAUAUGGGAAUUGAAUAUGGAAAGAAUUUUUUAAUAUUUUUAUAA